AUGGCCCCUAGAUCUACCGCUCAAAAGAGACUUCUUAAAGAGUAUCAACAAUUAUCAAGAGAUCCACCUCCAGGAAUCGUGGCCGGCCCGAUUUCUGAAGAUGAUUUAUUCCAUUGGGAAUGUCUUUUAGAAGGUCCUUCUGACACUCCAUAUGAAAAUGGAAUCUUUCCUGCAUCCCUCAAAUUUCCUAAAGAUUAUCCAUUGAGUCCACCUACUUUAAAAUUUGAACCGUCAUUAUUACAUCCAAAUAUUUACGAGGAUGGAACUGUUUGUAUUUCCAUUCUUCAUCCUCCUGGUGAAGAUCCAAAUCAAUAUGAAAGACCAGAAGAACGUUGGUCUCCUGUACAGAGUAUCGAGAAAAUUCUUUUAAGUGUUAUGUCUAUGCUUGCUGAACCAAAUCCAGAAAGUGGUGCAAAUAUUGAUGCAUGUAAACUUUGGAGAGAUCACCGCGAAGAAUAUGAUAAACAAAUCCGUAAUCAUGUUAGAAAAUCUUUAGGAUUGUAA